AUGGGCCACGCUAUCUCCAGCGUCGAGCGUGCCGCAUGCUUCAGUGGGCCCUGGUCCUUACGACCCACGCCCAGCGCCUCCAAGCCGAGCUCGCAGAGGGCGACCUUGAAGGCAUCCUACCCUCAUGCAGGGGCGCACGGCAGGCUCCUGGAUGUAGCUCUGGGCUUCUCUGCUGCGGCAGCGACAAGGCUGGUUGCGCGCCGCCACGGCGCCCGGGCCCGAAGGUUGACAUGUCACCGUGCAGAGACGGAGGGCGAGUUCGUCGCAGGUACCUCCAUCUAUGAUGACGACGGGUGGAGGCCCCAAGGCUGGUCCCCGGGUGGCACCGGGACGGGGACUCUGGACAUGCUGCCGAAGAUGGGGGUGGAGGAGAGCGAGGAGGAGAAGAAGCGAAAAGAGCCAACCGAGCCGGCCAUGGUCCUGGAGGUUCGUGGCGAUCUCGUGGUGGUGCGAGCAGGAAAAGGCUUGUUCACACAGGACACGCCGGGGCAAAUUGCUUGUACUGACAGUGGGGCGGAUGCUGUGCUCCUGGCAUGGAAGGAAGACAUUGCAAUUCUCCAGCUACUGGCCGGCGAAGCAGAGCCUGGCGACGAAGCACGGCGGGUGGAGGAGAAGUUCCUCAUGACCAAAUGCAGCGCUGAGCUUCGGGGGAGGAUCCUCGACCCAGAGGGCCGUCCCCUCGAUGGACUUCCUAUGCCGGAGAAGGUGGAGUCAAGGCAGAUCUUCAUGAAGGAGAAGCCCAAGGAG